AUGAGCUCUCCUCACUCUUUAUCGAUGAGUAAGGAGCCCCGCCUCGGUAAAUACCGCCGUGCGCUAGUCAAUCUCCUUCCGGCGUUCCUCGUCGAAAAGGAAGAGCAGCUCAAAUUCGCGGAAGAGUGCUUGGACAUCAUCAACAUUAUCCGGCAGGACAAUGGGGGAGACGUCAGCGACGACCCCGAGAAAAUCGAGGCUCUCGCACAAGAUUUUGUUGAAAAGCUCAAGGGCGAAGCCGAUGACAGAGCUCUGAGUACGGCGAUGGUAAAGACCUUAUCGAGCACCUCGCUAACAGCGGCUUCUCCCCCCGUAACCCGGAAGAAACCAAGAGGCCCGGGUGAAGCGGAAGCCGGAGAAGUGAAACAAUCUAUUGGGGAGGCGGAUGUCGCUGACCUGGUGAGGCUGGCGGACGGCACGGUUGGAAGAGUCAUUGGGAGCCCCGAGAGCAAGCCCAGACUAGAGCUCGUCGGGAACGCGUCUCGCGAGGAGGACAGUCUCCAAAAGAUGGCCGCCUUCACUAUCGAAAGGAUGUUUCGAGAUGUGUCGUACAAGCCGAGCUGCCGGUCUUGCAACGCACAAAUGAACCAUCUAUAG